AUGUCAAGUGUGAUCCUCACAUAACAACCUUAGAUGGACGUCAGUACAAUUUCCAAGGCAUAUGUUGGUACACUCUUGUAAAAGACUGCGACAGCGCAACUCCAGGCCUUUGAAAUCACUGCCGAGUUAAUACCCCGAGACAAUACGGAAGAAGUCAGGACCAGACUUGUUGCCAUUAACGUUACAGUAGGAGGUGAAUGCGCUCUCAUUGACAAGGACAACGUACUUACCGCGAGUGCUGGUAGUCAUGAGAAUAUAAACAUAGUGCACAAAGGCGAUAUGACAAUUCUAAGUUUCACGCUCAAGGACACAACAUUCAAGAUAUUCUGGAAUGGAGACAAACACACCUUCAAUAUCGAAUUCACUGGUGAUUAUUAUCGUGGAAAGAUGUGUGGUCUGCUUGGUGAUGGUGAUGGUAAUACCAAAAAUGACUUCAAGAAACCUGAUGGUGUUGUUGUAAAAGAUAUUAAAGAGUUUGGUGAGAGCUGGAAAGUUGCUGGCAAAACAUGCUAAUGAUCAUCGUCAAUCGCCAAUUGCUGAUCUAUUUCCAUGACGUAUAUAAAGCUUACAUACUAUCGUCAACGUAUUAACAGUCUAUUCAGUUUGGGAUAAAGGAUAUUAAAACGGAGUCGGGCGUUUGGGCAUAGAUUUAGUAUUAUUCACUUUUGGUUUAAUAAACAUUAUUUAAUAAUGGCAGAAA